GCUACCUGUAAACAUGGCGUAAAUAUAACGAAAUUUUGAGCGACAAGCAUAAAAAAAUGUAUGCUACAAAAUUUAUUUCAUUGCUUAACAACAACAAAAAUAAUAUAAAUUAAUGUGGAAAUACAGACUAACCUCAAAUUACACAGAUAUCCCUUUAAAUGGGAUUAACAUUUAAGAUAACUUUAUCAAAAGAUACAUUCAUUCCCAUGAACCAUGAGAGAUACGAAGAAAAGAAUUGUUCUUUUUAUACAUUUCCAAAACAAGAAGCGUUUAAAAGUAAUGAAAAUAAUAUGAUUUGUCCAAAAAUACUAACUCCAAUUGCUAGCAUUUCUCGUGCUUCAAACGAUUCGUUACGUUGUAUGGUAUCUUCUGCUGAUGUUAUUUCCACUGAUUGCGAUACAAAUAAACAUGUUUAUCCAGAAAUGGGGUUUUACUUAAAACAGGACACAGUAACCAAAUUGAAAGAUAGUACUCGAAAACUAAUACGAAUUAUAGAAGAAAUACAAGCGAAGACACGUAAACGACCAGCCACAAUUGAUGGAGAUACCAAUUCUAUCGCAACAGUUAUCGAUGAAAACAACACGGACCACUUUCCAUGUGAUGAAUUGAAAAGUCUCGAAUAUCAAACGAAAAUGUUACAAGCAAUUUGUGUAGAGCACGAAGAGGAUGACUGCUCAAUUUAUAAGAGACUUACUAGGAAAUGUAGCUGCUUAAAUAAUGAAAUUUUUAAUGAUUUUGUUAUUCACUUUAAUGAAAAAUCAAAAUACACAACCAAUAAUUUAGGAGAAAUUGUGAAGAACUUGCAUAUCCUUAAAAAGUUUCUGUAUAUUGGUGGCGAAUAUACUAAAAAUGCGCUUAUGUUCUUAAAUCAGGGCUUGGCUCUAUCGCAAUACACGGAGAAAGUUGAAAUUGCUCAAGGUUGUGCUCACGCAGACAUUUGCAAUAUUUUCGAGGAGUACUCCAUCGUAACAGCGUGUAUAUCUUGGCCAUUCGUGGCCGAAUAUUACGGAGACGCAACCAGCCAGCUUUGGACCGCUCAAUUACUAAAUAAACUUGCCGAAAUCGAAGAAGGCCGCAGAUACUUACGCUUCAAUUCCAAAAUAUUAAACGACAUUAGAAAAGUAUUGCGAAAAAAAGGAUCAAACUUAGAUAUGAACACAGUCGAUGCCUUAAAUGCAACAUUGAACCUACUUACACCAUCAUUUGAGAAGAAUGCGGAUAUAAAAUAUUUUUGCAAGUCAGCUCACGAAGGAAUUGGGAAUAACACGAUAAAACAUUUACUGGAAUAUCGCCAAUAUAUGACGUUAGACGAAUUAAGAAUGCAUCUGGAAUUAUUGAAAAAUUUUAGCAAAUUGGAAUUUGGCAAGGAGGAACUUUCAGGCAUUUUAAAUGUAAUGCUGGUACUUUUUAGGGCGAUAAUAACAGACUAUAAUAAUAGUGAAAUAAACAUACUAAUCACAAGUACAUUAAAUAACAUUUUAACCAAGCAUGUCCGAAGGAAUGUAAAGGCUAAUCCUAUUGUGACUUUAAGGGAUACUGGCACAGAGGCAAUAGAAAUAAAAAGUCCAAAAAUGACAAAAAAACAUAAUAAGAAAUACAAACGCAGCAAUCAUAAGAAUGGAAUGGGUUAUUCGCCUGUUAAGGAUAUAAAUAUGUCUAAAUACAGUGUUUCAGGAUGGGAAACGUCGAGAAGUACAGUUAUUAAAUCAAGAAUACUCCCAAAAGACAUGAAAGACGAAGGAAAGAUGAGGUCUCCAGUUAUAGUAGUGCCGAUGGAAAAAUAGCCAACAACCACAGUAAACAUUUUAUUGUUGAUAAAAAUUAUGAACCACCUACAAAAACAAAGUUAAAUACUUUACAAUAGUUUAUGUACAUAUUUUUAAAUAAAUAAUAUCACAACAAUCAGCUCA